AUGGUUGACGAUGAUGUGGUUCGAGGGUUGAAGAGAGAGUCUGAACAUAGUUUCCCGCAUUUGUCGUGUAACGUGUUCUCUACUUACGAAGCGCAUCAGUUUAGGUCACAAAAGGCGUUUGUUGUUCGUCUGAACACCGGUUGCUUGGCAAGGAGAAGGCCACACAUCUCUCCUGGAUUGUGUUUAUUCAAAGUCCAGAGGUCGUAUACGUUUCGGAAAGAUAUCAAACUGGCGACGUUAGAAGAUUUAUCGCUUGCCGCGAAAGGAAAGAGGAAAAAGAAAAUUCAAGGUGGAAAUCCAUCAAAACGACAUCGAGAUCGGUUGAAUACAGAGCUGGACAACUUAGCUAAACUGCUUCCCUUUCCCGAAGAAACUAUAUCGAAAUUGGAUAAGAUAUCUAUACUUCGGUUGACUGUGAGCUAUCUCAAAGCAAAGAGUUACUUUCAAGUUUGUGCAACAAAGCAAGGAAAUCAUGGCGUCGACCAUGAUGAUGUAUCUCGAGAAUUUGAAGAAAAUGGUGUUUUUUCUCAACUUUUACUCGAGGCUUUAGAUGGCUUUAUCAUGAUAAUUACCACAGACGGUCAGUUGUUCUAUGUGUCAGAAUCCGUCAAAGAUUUUCUUGGCUAUUCACAGGCAACCCUGAUUCAUCAAAGCUUAUUCAAGUUCCUUCAUAUUGACGAUCAUAAAACCGUGCGAGAAAACCUUGCAUGGAACGAACCACGUGAUUUCACUGAGGGAAGGAAGAUGAACCAAGUGCGACUAAAGAACAAUUUGAUGAUGCUUUCACUUCGGCAAAACGUCAAAAAAAUUUUGCAUGUCGUAUAAAAUGCACCAUAAGUCAAGGUGGAGGAUUCUUUAAGAUGUUUCAAUGCCGUGGCCAUAUGAGAGAGAUUCACAUAAAGAAACGUGAUGUGGAUAACAUGGAGUAUGGGUUGUUCGCCGUUGUUUCGCCGCUGAGCGCGAUAAGUACUUCCUCUUCUUCGAUGGAUAUUGUUCAUACAGAAGCUAUUUUUGCAUCACAGCGAAGAUAUCAUCUUGAUCAAAACCUUAACGUCAGGAAAGUUAUCCUCUACCGUCUCAUUACAAGUCUUUUAUGGACUCACGUCAUCGUCUACAUGUACCCCCAAUGACACCUACUAUCCCGACAUCUACUGGAAGUAAUGACGAUGGGUUUUCUUCCCCAAGUUUUUCAUGUGGCGUAGAGAACGGUCUGCGGCCAGAUCACAAGCGCCGACACUCCAGCUCAUCCGGGAUUGCCGAUGAUUCGUCGACAAACGACGAGAACACUUGCUCCGAAAGUUCAAUAGACAGUUUGGCAUCUCGAAGGAAAGUUUCAUUUCGACUUGCUGCUGAUAAAGUAAACGAAGAAAGUGAAAAAAUUAGAAAUCGUCGUUUAUCUGCGCCUGUUUUUGGCAAUCCAGUUACAACAUCGUCAGCGUUUGAUCUCAGUCCUUAUCACAACAUGUUUCAUCCGGGAACUCCGAACUGGCUCUAUCCCAAUCCCUACACAAGUCCUCUUCUAGGCUACCAAGAGUUUUUCCAUGGAAGGUCCUAUCUUUCCCCCAUAUCCCCCGGCUACUUGUCGCCUAUGUACCCGGCAUAUUCCCCCGGGGGAAUCUACUCCCCGUUUUCACCGUUUCUAAAACGAGCUUCAAGUUUUCCCAAUAUUGUGCAAAGUGGCGAAACGUUGUAUCACACUAUUGACGGCGUCUUCAGUCCCAGAAUACCUCACUACGAUCCGUUCUCAUAUUUUCUAAGUAAUCCCAUAAGUUCCCGCAGAUCAUACGAUACCUCGCCUGUCGAAUCGUUAGGAAAAAAGGAAGACGAUAAAAAGAGUGAUUCGGAUGCAUGUGAAACAGAAACCAAGAAUGAAAACGAGACAAGAAUGGAGUUGGUUGAUGAUGAUGCAACAAUCUCACAUGGUGAGAAAUUAAAACUUGCAAGAGACCUUCACAUUCGCUUAAGAAAAUCAUGAUAUUUAGAAGAACAGACAACGAUAAAGACGAUGAGAACGCUGGUAAUGUGAUAGACGUGGACAUUUCUGACGACACAAAGCGAAAAUUUCAAAUACCAACGAUCAGAAUUGAGCAUUACGACGACGAGCUGGACACAGGCAGUCACGCUACAGAUGAUUUUGUAGAAGAUGAUAAUCUUCAAAAAGGGGAGCGAGAGCCUGGUGACGAAGUAAUUGUUUCGCCAAGUAAUAGUCCCGCGAAAACGAUUUGCUCUUCAAAUGAAAAUAUUAGUUCAUGCGAAGAAGAAAGUGACGCUGUUGAAAAGCAGAGCUCUCCUUGUGAUGCCAGCACAUCAAUUGAAAAGCCGGAUAGUGGAAGCAUACAAGAAACUUUGGCGGACAUAGCGCAAAAUUUUACGAGUAAAUUGGAAGGUAUACGUUCGACCUUCACCAUGUCGCUAGAUAGAAAGGUCUCUUCCUACCUCGGUAAAAAGAAGUGAAAUGUCUUGACAUGUUUGCGUGUGUUUCCAUGAGGUUUGAACAAUGUGGCUUUGCGGUCAGAGUAAAAAAAUAAUGCAAUCAAAACGUUUCACUUCUCCAUGUCACAAAAAAUUUAACUCCAUGUAGAUUUGGGAAACGUUGUCAACUGAGUUAGAGCUUGAUAAGAGUUGUAGCAUGUGUUAGAUUUGGGGCGAGAAGAAACUGUUUUGUUGCAAAUAUUAUUGAAAUUUUACCACUUGUACUUCUUUAACAAAUUGUUGUGUAAAUACAAUGAUUCAACCAGCUGCUUAUUCGUUGGACAUGAAUUGUUUCUGCCAUGCGCAUCUCGUUAAUUGUUAUAUUUUUGAUCAAAAUGUUAUUAAAGAAAAGCUGUUAACCCUUUUGGCUUUUCUAGAAGUAUUGUGAAUAA